AUGUCUACUGCAGCCCGCCGCCGCUUGAUGCGCGACUUCAAGCGCAUGCAAACUGACCCUCCCGCCGGCGUCUCUGCGUCUCCCGUCGCGGACAAUGUCAUGACUUGGAAUGCAGUCAUCAUCGGCCCCGCAGACACGCCGUUCGAAGAUGGAACGUUCCGCCUCAUAAUGCACUUUGAAGAAGCAUACCCCAACAAGCCGCCUGGCGUCAAGUUUAUUAGCCAGAUGUUCCAUCCCAACGUAUACGGGACUGGUGAGCUGUGUUUGGACAUUCUUCAAAAUCGAUGGUCACCCACGUACGAUGUCGCGGCUAUCUUGACAAGUAUUCAGAGUUUGUUGAACGACCCCAACACAUCGUCUCCUGCCAACGUCGAGGCGUCGAACCUGUACAAAGAGAACCGCAAGGAGUACACCAAGCGCUCCAAGGAGGCCUCCGGGGCCUUCACCUUCGAUCGCGUUUUCGACAUGAACUCCCGGCAGGCCGACGUCUUCGAUUACUCCAUCCGUCCCACCGUCGACGACAUCUUGAAUGGAUACAACGGAACAGUCUUCGCCUAUGGUCAGACAGGAGCGGGAAAGUCGUACACGAUGAUGGGUAGCGACAUGGACGACGAAGUCGGAAAGGGUGUCAUCCCACGCAUCAUCCAACAGAUCUUCGCAAGCAUCCUAGCCUCGCCGAGCAACAUCGAAUACACCGUUCGCGUCAGCUAUAUGGAGAUCUACAUGGAGCGCAUUCGAGAUCUCUUGGUCCCACAGAACGACAAUCUGCCAGUACACGAAGAGAAGAACAGGGGAGUGUAUGUCAAAGGUCUUUUGGAGGUGUACGUAUCGAGCGAGGAAGAAGUCUACGAGGUCCUCAGAAGGGGUGGAUCGGCACGAGCCGUUUCAGCAACUAACAUGAACGCCGAAUCUUCACGAUCGCACUCCAUCUUUGUCAUAACCGUCAACCAAAAGAACGUCGAGACGGGCUCAUUGAAGAGCGGACAGCUCUUCCUGGUCGAUUUGGCGGGUUCGGAGAAAGUUGGCAAGACCGGAGCGAGCGGACAGACCUUGGAGGAAGCAAAGAAGAUCAACAAGAGUUUGAGUGCCUUGGGCAUGGUCAUCAACUGUUUGACCGACAGCAAAACACAACAUAUUCCCUACCGAGACUCGAAGCUUACACGUAUUCUCCAAGAAUCGCUUGGUGGUAACUCCCGGACGACUCUCAUCAUCAAUUGUUCGCCAAGUAGUUACAACGAUGUCGAAACGUUGGGUACACUUCGAUUCGGUAUGCGAGCGAAGACCAUUAAGAACAAGGCCAAGGUCAACGCCGAACUCAGUCCGGCCGAGCUCAAGGCCAUGCUCAAGAAGGUUCAAGGACAGGUUACAUCGUUCGAGAACUACAUUGGUACACUUGAAGGCGAAGUGACGCUUUGGCGCCAAGGUGAAACCGUCCCCAAGGAGAAGUGGGUUCCGCCUCUGGAGUCCAGUCCGUCAUCAGGCAAGAAGGCACCGACAGCACCGCGUCCAGGAACGCCAUCGAGACUGGAGGGGGUGAGGAACUCAGAGACGCCACGGCCGGACUCGCGAAUGGACCUAGAACGUGCGGGCACACCAAGCAUACCUCUAGACAAGGAUGAGAAGGACGAUUUUCUGCGAAGAGAGAAUGAAUUGCAGGAUCAAGUUGCAGAGAAGGAAUCACAACUCGCCAAAGCUGAGGAUCAACUAAAAUCUGCCAAAGACGAGCUCCAAUACUACAAGGAUCGGGACGCGAAGACGAACAAGGAAAAUGAGCGAAUGACCAUGGAGAUUAAUGAGAUGCGGAUGCAAGUUGAGAAGAUUCAGUUCGAGAGCAAGGAACAGCAAAUCACCAUGGAUGGAUUGAAAGAGGCCAACUCCGAGCUCACUUCCGAGUUGGACGAAGUCAAGCAACAGCUCCUGGAUGCAAAGAUGAACGCCAAGGAGACUUCUGCCGCCAUGGACGAGAAGAAGAGGAAGAAGGCUGAAGCCAUGGCGCAGAUGAUGGCCGGCUUUGACCUUGGCGGUGAGGUCUUCAGCGAUAACGAGCGCACGAUUCGAAAGAUCAUUGAACAGCUAGAUCAACUCCACGACAUGAGCUCAUCCGGCGAAACCAUCGCUCCUGAUGCGAUCAAGGACAUACGAGAGAAGAUUGCUGAAACACAAGGCAUCGUACGGCAGGCCGAGCUCUCUCUUACCGCACGCAGUGAAGAGGAUGGCACGUAUGCCAAGCGUCGCGAGGCGCUCGAGGCACGCUGCGAAAGCCUACAAAGCCAAUACGAGGAACUCCUCGAAAGCAACCUUUCAGAACAGGACAAGGAGGAGCUCAAGGCGCGACUUGCCGACGCCUACUCUGCCCGGCAAGAAGGCAAUCUCGAGCUGGUAGAGAGCCUCAAGCAAGAUACUGCACGCAUGCUGCAAGAGAACCAGAAGCUCAAGACCGAGAACGAAAGCCUGCAACAGCGCAUUAAGAGUGGCGCCAUUGCUAAUGGUGUUGCAAACGGUAUCAACGGCAAGACAGUGCAGCAGCAAAUCGCCGAGUUCGACAACAUGAAGAAGAGCCUCAUGCGCGAUCUGCAGAACCGGUGUGAACGAGUUGUCGAGCUCGAGAUCUCACUAGACGAGACACGCGAGCAAUAUAACAACGUGCUCCGUACUUCCAACAACCGCGCCCAGCAGAAGAAGAUGAUGUUCCUCGAGCGCAAUCUCGAGCAGCUCACUGUUGUUCAGCGCCAGCUUGUUGAGCAAAACAGUAGCUUGAAGAAGGAAGUCGCCAUCGCUGAACGCAAACUCAUGGCCCGUAACGAGCGAAUACAGUCACUGGAAAGCCUGCUACAAGACUCACAGGAGAAGCUCACUGCAGCAAAUCACCGUUUCGAAGCCCAACUUACAGCCGUGAAAGAACGUCUCGAAUCUGCAAAGGCUGGCUCGACACGCGGUCUCGGUUCCCCCGCUGGUGGCGCCAGUUACGCUGGCUUCGGCGGCGUCGGCUCUCGUAUCGCCAAACCUCUUCGUGGCGGUGGUGGUGGGCCUGUGGCCGAUGGCCCGGUUCUUCCUGUCAUUGGCAAUCUGCAGAAGCAGGACGGUGACGGUGGGGAGUCUAACAAGGGGAAGAGGACGAGCUGGUUUUUUAACCAGCGGUAG